UUUUAUUGGCAACUUCGCCCCGGAAGACACGGGAGGUUAACACACAACAGUCCUACAGGUGGUACAAAUAUACAUCCGCUGGAAAAAGUAGAGCGCUGGCGUCGUCGUUGAGUGAGCAGUGAGCGUCUAGUCAGUGCUUUUGGCGGAGACAAGACAAGAAGACGCGACGCAGAGUGGAGACCGGACAAGCAGACACGGUAAGACAUGGACGUUCUGAAGAAAGGGUUCAACAAAGCCAAGGACGGAGUGGUGGCCGCGGCAGAGAAGACCAAGCAGGGAGUGACAGGAGCUGCUGAGAUGACCAAAGAUGGGGUCAUGUUUGUAGGUACCAAAACAAAGGAUGGAGUCACAACAGUUGCAGGUAAAACAGUGGAGGGCGUGAGUCAUGUUGGCCAAACCAUGGUAACCGGGGUGACCGCCGUGGCCCAGAAAACUGUGGAAGGUGCGGGCAAUAUCGUCGCAGCCACCGGAUUGGUCAAGAAAGAUCCAGCCAAACCAGGUGAAGACAACUCGGGCGUGCAGGAUGCGGUCGAGUCACCGGUUGACACGGACACUGCUGACGUGACAGAGGACGACACGGACUGAAGAUAACGUUUUAAGAAAAGAUGACCGGAACAUUCCAUGUUGCUCUGCCAAGUCCCAUCGUGCCUCGUUUUUGGUCCUGUAUGAUGUCCGUGUAUGUGUGUGCGUGUAUGUAAACCUAUGGUCGGAUGUAGGUUGUGUGUAUUUGUAUUAUGCGUUUGCAUAUCGGCAAAUGUACCUCAGGUGUCUUGUGUGUGGUUUGUAACCAAAUGUCAUCGUCAGUGACAACGCAACUUUACCAUCACUGUGUGUUUGUGUCUGUAACCACCUAAGUGUCUACAUAAACUAUACUAUUUUUUGGUAUACUAAUGUCAUUGUUAAUGAAGCGCACAGCUGUUUGUGUCCAUAUUGUAUUUUCAUCAUUGAUUGACUUUAAAAAAACAAAACUGCCAUACGCCUUUACUUGGAUUUUAGUGUUGAAUAAAAUGUAAAAGGUUA